AUGUUCGCCGCCCCUCUCCUCUUCGCACUCGCCGCCAGCGCUCGCGAGGGCCCUGCUCGUCUCCCCCGCGCAGACCCGGCGCUCGUCGACGCCGGCUUCACCCUCAAAAACAGGGAGUGGUGUAUCGCCCCGUCCGGGGCUCAGGCUGGCGACGGUGUGGUGGCCGAGAACUGCACCCAGUCGGCAAAGUUCCCAGGGUGGAACCUCAGCGGCGGGCGGAUCGACUCCCCACACCAUCUGCGUGUGGCGAACACGACUCUGUGUCUCUCUGCAGGGACCAACUGGUCUCAGUGGGAUGACAACCUCGCCGUCACCCUCGAAGAGUGCAUGUAUGCGACCGCCAACGAGACGUGGCGCAACACCCAGGUCUGGCGCAAGGACGUCCAAGGUGCGCCUGGUGCUUACCGCCUCAUGGACCAGGAUUCGAUGAGCCCUCACGACUACUUCCCUACCAAGUGGUGCAUGGACGUCCGUGACGGGUGGGAGCCCAACGACAUCAAUUCGUGGGACCUCCAGAUCUUUAAGUGCGCGAGCAAUUCCAACACCAACCCCAACCCGAACCAGGUCUUCACCGACAACUGGGAGCAUGUGCCACGGGCGUGA